AUGUCAGCCCCCCUGGCCCACGCUUUUGCUGACCUCGCAGCCCCCACGGCCCCCACCGCCAGCACCUCUGGCUUUGCCAACGCCGACCCACCUCCACCAGGCGGCCUCGCCUCCUCGCCCCACGUCCCCAAGCCCGGCACCUCUAUCGACCCUGCUACCGGCAAGCCCCACACCGCUGGCCUCACGAGGACAGAGCUCGACGCGAAGAAGGCCGCUGCUAUCCAAGCUGCUGCUCCCUCGGCCCCAGCCGAGCCGCCAGUCAGCAACUCGGACGGUCUUACCACCUCUGCCGGUCUAGGCGGUGAGUGGGGGCCUGGGUUGGCUAGUGCCCCUGGUGUACCCAAGCCGGGGAAGAGUAUCAACCCCGAGACUGGUAAACCGCAUACGGCUGGUAUCACCCGGGCCGAGCUGGAGGCUCGCAAAGCUGCCAAAGCCGCUGAACUGUCGCCUUCUGAAGCCGACCACAUCAAGAGCAAGGGCGCCGACCUCCUCGAUCCUGCGCCCCAGACAGAGCAAAUACGACGCGGUAGUCUGACUGCCCCCACGACGGAGCGUAGGCCGAGCGAUGUCAGUGGGAGAGAACAAGCUGCUAGGCAGUUGUUGGCUGCGCAGAUCAACGAGGCGGAGACUGCUUCGCCGGGCACUUCCACGCCUGGGCAAGAGAUGCCUGGUGCAUGGGGCGACAACAAGCCCAUCCCUCUCCCUGGAACAUCCGCCAACGCUCCAACCACUCUCUACGAAGACGUCGCUGAAGGACUCGGUAAAGUCGGUCAAGCCGCCUUUGCUGUCAUCCCUUCCCCCAUCAAGGAGGCGUUCCACCAGGAAGCAAUGGGUGCCCCGCGAAGGGUGAGGGCCAGUGCGACGUCUAUCAUUGAUCAGGCGAGGGUACAGGCUACCAAGUUGUCGGGCAAUCUGCAGGGGACUUUGGAAAGUACCCAACGACGAGCAUCAGCCAACUUUGGUCCCGACGGCACGAUCAGAAAGCAAGUGUUGAACUUUGUCGACGAGGCUUUCCAGUCUACCAAGGAAUUGUCUAAUGCCGAGUUUGGGUUCGUCGCCUCUGGUCCUGGAGGUCCUGGUGGGCGUAUCACCUCUCCCUCCAGACCUACGAGCGAGUAUCUCGGUUCUGUCCCUGGCGAAAAGUCUGAUGGUACCGGCGCCUUGCCGGGGAGUAUCACCGAGACUGGUGUAGCUAUCCUGCCCGAGGAAAAGAACUUGAAGAAUGAGAGAUCCACCAACCAGAAUGUCCGACCCGGAGAAGCUUCUCCCGGCAACAGCUUUUACGCUCCUGUCGUCGCUUCUAGCCCUGCCGGGCCUUCUGACACAUCUACCUCUGGCCCCUCGACCUCGUCCACUUUAGGCCCCAAACCUUCCGGCUCGCACACAGUCGUCAACGCCCCCACCGCAUCCACUUCCCGCGACGCGCCCUCCAUCCCUACCUCCUUUGCGUCCAACCCCACCGACCCUGCUUCGCAUGCUGUCCCAGCGCCGACUGAGGGGGCUGCUACGGCGUCGAAGAAGGGCGAGACUGUUGCCCCUGCGACUUCUGCUUCUGAGCCUUCGGGUGCAGGAUCUUUGGGAUCUUCGGAGCCUUUGGAGUCUUCGAGGGCCGUGGGUCACUCGGGAUUGGCUCCUGCUUUGGCGCCGGCCCUUCCUGCGACCAUCUUGGGUGCUGGUGCAGCGCACGGCGCUACCGCCCUCCCCUCGUCUUCUUCUGAACCGCAACAUGAGCACACCGCCGUCUCUUCCCCCGCCCUCACCGCCCCAGGAAGUUCAUCCACCCUCUCAGAAGACGCUUCGCCCAUCUCCACCACCACCUCCAGCAUCCCAGCCGGCGUACCCCAGACAUUGCACGGGAACGACCGCACAACCUCGACUUCUUCCGUCACUGCUAUCGCCCACGGGCGCGAAGGUCUUCCUUUUGAGCGUAGUGCCAAGGCUGGGGGUAUUGCGGAGAGUCCCUUGAGGGAGGGAGUGGUAGCUGGUGAAGAGCCUUUUUCGUCCGCGGGUGUGAGCAAUGCGAAGAGUCUUACGCCGGGGAAGGAAGAGCAUGGUGUGGGGCAUCCUUCGUCGCAUGGGAUUGCUGGUGCGCAGAGGGAUGUUGGAAAGUACCCUGCCGCCGAGCAUGGCGAGGCUGCUUCUUCUUCUGGUGCCGCUGGCAAGUCUAGUGGGACUGGGGAGAAGGCUGCUUUGGGUGCUGGAGCUGGAGCCUUGACGGGCGCUGCUGUUGGUGCUGGCUCUGGACGGGGUGAAGGCGCGGGGUUGGCGAGGAGUGAGAAGGAACAGUUGGGCGAUAGGGCUCGUGCAGACGUACCCGGUGAAUCCAACCUCGCAGGCGCUUCCACCUCCCAAACCACUCCUUCCUCUUCCUCCGCCGCUGCUGCCGCCCCCACCUCACAAUCGAAUUCCCACACUACUGGUCACACCACCGACCAAGUCGUUGGAAUCGCCCCCGGCCAAACCCGCGUCAGGACCGAAGAAGAAAAGCUCGCAGACCGCGGAAAGGCCGACGUACCCGGUUUCACUGAAGAGGAGGAGAAGGCGAAUAUCCCGGGGAAUGGGAGGGAUGUUCUGGGGUCGAAACAUUUGUCUGAGAAGCCUGCUGCUGCUGGUGCUGUGGGAGCUGGAUCGGCUGUAUCGCCCGCGUCGCCUAGUACCAAGACUGCUCCUACUACUGCUACGACAUCGCAGACCACGCCGGUCAAGUCUCCCACCUCUGCUACGACCCCUUCGUCUGCCACGCCUACUUCCUCUUCGCAUACUAGGACAGAUUCUGCUGGUAGCGGAUCGGGAGCUGUCAGCGCGAGUGGGACACCGUCAAAGAAGGAGAAGGGUGGGUUGUUGAAGAAGAUCAAGAGCGGAUUGAAAAAGAUUUGA